AGCCCGCUACCGCCCAGCCCUUUACCGCCUAGCCCCCAGCCGCCUAGCCCUCCUCCUCCCAGCCCUUCACCACCCAGCCCACCACCGCCCAGCCCUCCACCCCCAAGCCCACGGCCUCCCAGCCCUUUACCACCUAGCCCUUCUCCACCAAGCCCGCCUCCUCCCAGCCCCCCUCCAAGGCCCCCAACUCCACCUCCGCCCCCACCGCCACCGGCAGACUGCGUCCAACCCUCCACGUGGUGUAUGGGCGCCACUUUAAACAGAACGGAUUGUGACGGUGACGGCUACACGGAUCUAACGUGCACGGACUCGUUUGGCUGUCGAGGGGUCAUCUUGUCUUCGAAGGGUUGUUACUCCGAUGUUGG